AUGUUGGGAAGCGUCCUCAACCCCUCGGACCAAUGGAAACACGUAUUUGAUAUCCUCACGCACCUCCGACCUCUGCUCUUGGUUGAAGACAUCGUCGAUUCACCCACCGCAAACACCCCUCCUCAACUACGCCGCCUCCAAGAGGAGUAUCGGCAGAUAGACACCAGCCGCAUGAGCGCCAAUCUCGCCCAAUUCAGCUACUACCUAGAAGACAGGGCUGCGGUCACUGCGGUCAUCGCCGAUGAACGAGUUGAGCUGCAUGUCAUGAGUCUUUUUCACCUGCUGGUGAAGAACUUGCACAGUACCCUACAGGGCCUCCUCCAACACCAGAACUUGCGUUCCGACGAGCUCGCUACUAUUGAACACCAAGCAAUAUCCUGCAUGGUGGUCUACCUCGCCUUCGAGAAGCGCAUACACGAUCUCAUGAGGAACUGGCGUUUGCAAGGCCGCGAUAUCGACCUGCAGCUCGGACGUUUCGCCGACGGGGUCUUCCAAGAUGUACAGCGCAAGACGGCAAGUCGUCAAAAAUCCCUUGAAAAGCUCUGCGCUGCGCUGUUCGGAAGCCGAGAACCUCCAGCCCGUUAUCGAAGUCUCGUGGAGUCAGCUUCUCACACUCCUCACACGCCGCUGAAUGACCUUACCGGGACCGUCAACCAGCUCAACCAACAGGUCCAAACGCUCACCGAGAGCGUCGCUCAGCUAAUUGCAACUAUGCAGAAACCGUCGGGCGUCCAAGCCUGA